AUGAGGAUCAGUGAAGAGCUGUAUGAGAGCGUUCUAGCUGUGUCAUCGAGAAUCGAAUCGAAACCUUACUCCCAGUUCUUCGAUUCUCAAGAAUUGGAAAAUGACCAAUUCCAACCUCGAGAGAUCUCGCUGGGAGUGUGCCUUCCUGACUCCUGCUCGGCGACGGACCUCAAGACGCUGAUAGAAGCCACUACGAGCAAUCUCCCCAACACCGUCACCAUCCAAAGGGUGCGGCCUGUACCCGGGCCGUAUUCCAUCCUCUCCGACCCCAAGCUUCACGUCUUGGCGUAA